GCUGAUGCUGUUGAAGAUCUGAAAAAGCACGAGUCUCCACAGACGUAUACUGAGCUUGCCAGAGUGACGCUUGCUCAAAUAAUUGUCUUCAACAGACGUCGUGCUGGCGAAGUCUCAAAAAUGACACUUGAGUCUUUCAAGAAAAGAGACCAGACUGAGCUACAUGAGGAUAUAGCCGUUGGCCUCUCCCCCUUUGAGCAAAAACUGGCCAAGCACUUCAGCAGGGUAGAAAUGUUGGGCAAACGAGGGAGAAAAGUGGCUGUUUUGUUAAACCCUGAAGUAGUCAGUGCAACAACACUUCUUGCAGACAAAAGAGACUCGUGUAAUGUGCACAGGGACAAUCCCUUCCUAUUUGGAAAGCCAAGGUGCCCCCCUUCAAGCUACUAUAGAGGACAGGACUGCAUCAGGGGUUUUGCAAGUCGUUGUGGUGCAAAGAAUCCUGAAUAUCUUAAGUCCACACAUCUUCGAAAGCACGUUGCAACAUUGUCCCAGAUUCUCAACCUCAAAAAUAAUGAGCUUGACCAACUAGCCAACUUUUUGGGCCAUGAUAUUCGGGUCCACAGAGACUUCUAUCGGCUGCCAGAGGCAACUAUCGAAAUGGCAAAAAUCUCAAAGCUUCUUCUGGCAAUGGAGAAAGGAUCUCUUGGAAGAUUCCAAGGAAAAUCUCUUGACGAGAUUGAGAUUGAAGAUGAAUUGGAUCCGGAAACAAUUGGAGAGGAAGAUCCAGACGACGAUGACGAUGACGGUGACGAUGAUGGAGAUGGUGAAAAGUCUCAUCCUGUCCUUGGAUUAAGAGGAAAACGAAAAACGAUGACAUCAUCCCAGGAUGAAACAAAGAAUUCAAAGGGAAAGAGAAGUCACCUGGAAACCAGAGGUGAGGUCACCAGCUCCAAAGAGGUUCGAAGAAGAUACAUAAAAAAGUCAUGGAGCAAAAUGGAAGUGUCUGCAGUGAUGAAACACUUCAAGGCCCACAUUUUGAAGGGACACUUGGCCACAAAAAUGGAGUGUGAGCAGUGCAAGCUUGCCGAAGACCAUAUUUUAAAAGGAAGGACUGUACAAAACAUUAGAGACUUUGUAAGGAACAGGGGACGCAUGUCCACAAAGGGAAAUUUAGUUUGAGGGAAUAUGUCCAAGAAACCUCUUUAAGCACCUGUUAAGAGUACAACUUUUGAGAAAAAUGUACAGUUCCCUUUUCAGUAAAAUGUUGUUACUGCGACUUUUGAAGCAGUAGAGUUCACUGCACUUGUUACUGCGUCUUUUGAAGCAGUAUAGUUUACUGCACAUGUUACUGCGUCUUUUGAAGCAGUAUAGUUCACUACACUUGUUACUGCGUCUUUUGAAGCAGUAUAGUUCACUGCACUUGUUACUGCGUCUUUUGAAGCAGUAGAGUUUACUGCACAUGUUACUGCGUCUUUUGAAGCAGUAUAGUUCACUGCACUUGUUACUGCGUCUUUUGAAGCAGUAGAGUUUACUGCACAUGUUACUGCGUCUUUUGAAGCAGUAGAGUUUACUGCACAUGUUACUGCGUCUUUUGAAGCAGUAUAGUUUACUGCACAUGUUACUGCGUCUUUUGAAGCAGUAGAGUUUACUGCAUCUUUUGAAGCAAUACUUAAGCAGAUAUAUAUAUUGCCAAUAUGUAAUGUUUGAUAAUGGUAUACAUUACAAUAAAUGUAUUUUCAUAUAAAGGCUGUCUAAUUUCGUGGUGGGGAGGGGCCCUGAUAAACACACGUAUUUGUAUAUAGCCAUCCAUCCCCAGGAUGGUCCUCAUAACCAAGGGUCUGGUCAUGUCGGUGUAUGUGUACUGGUAAUGUCCUGUUAAACCAGGAUGGUCCUCAUAACCAAGGGUCUGGUCAUGUCGGUGUAUGUGUACUGGUAAUGUCCUGUUAAACCAGGAUGGUCCUCAUAACCAAGGGUCUGGUCAUGUCGGUGUAUGUGUACUGGUAAUGUCCUGUUAAACCAGGAUGGUCCUCAUAACCAAGGGUCUGGUCGUGUCGGUGUAUGUGUACUGGUAAUGUCCUGUUAAACCAGGAUGGUCCUCAUAACCAAGGGUCUGGUCGUGUCGGUGUAUGUGUACUGGUAAUGUCCUGUUAAACCAGGAUGGUCUUCAUAACCAAGGGUCUGGUCACGUUUGUGUAUGUGUACCGGUAAUGUUCUCAUAAAUAAGGGUGGUCUUUAUAAGUCACCUUCAUGAUAGGAUCCGCCCCCAUCCCGCCCCGUCCCCACAGUCCUGUAGAAUGUCGAGUCUUCAGAUCUCCUGACUCUUUCACCAGAAAUUAAUUCUGAACAGUAGGCUUCGUUUCCUACAUCACGAGGACCAUUUUGAUAGUUCUUAGAUCUCUCUGGGACAAAGGGAAAGGUGUGUACCCAUAAACCAUGGUUUGAGCAAGUACGGGGAAAAUGUCCUGACAAACCACUUUUGCCCGUAUGUGUGUGUGUGUGUGUGUGUGUGUGUGUGUGUGUGUGUGUGUGUGUGUGUGUGUGUGUGUUUGGUGAUUCGUAUUAGUAACAAGAGAAUAUUGCUGUCUUUCAAGAAUACAAAGAAUGGAAAAAGGGCAAAAGAGAGAUACAGAGAGCGGGGAGAAACGGAAAGAUAAUUGCCUGUACAGCACCAAUCAUCACCUAAUCCCCUUGGGAAGGAUCAUUAUGGAGUCUGGCCCUCUUUGGUUUGGUGAAGGGAUUAUAAUCACUAAAAUAAACGAUCUGAGAGUGAGAGAAUGCACAUUUCCAGAAGCUGUAUACCUAUAAUCCUCAGGUUCACACACACACACACACACACACAAACCACACACACAUCUGUCUCUGUCAAAAAAAGUUAAGUGUGCCGCAAUAACCUCUGUGUGUCUUAUUUCAAGAUUUAAAAAAUGUUAAGCAUGUGUGCAUGGCCAGAAGCUUCAUAUACAGUUUCAGUCAAAUGUACAGAGUGUGGGAACAGGC